UCGUGUCCGCCGCUUCUCAAGAAGGAAGCGCAUUUCGCAGUGGGCGUAUCUGACGACUCUGCCACCCUUGCUUUUCACGCUUCCCGCCGCGCUCUUCGGCGCCGAGGAAACAGCCCCGCUUGCACGCCUCCUCCGUCGAGCGAUUCAGAAGCAAAACGGCAGCGGCGUAUUUGUGGUCUCAAGUGCCCACGGAAACCAUGUCUUCCCUUGGUGCCACAGCGUGCGGAAUAGUAGUGGCCCUGGUGGCUGUCUUCGCUUGCACCGCAGCCAGUCCUGUGGGGCUCGUGGGCGGAUGGCAGAAACAUAACGUUAGCGAAGAGGCGAUCUUCGAGGAGCUUGCCCACUUCGCCGUCUCGCAACAAGUCGAAGGCCGAGAGUUCUUCGAUACCGUGCUCGAGCUCGUGGACGUCGAUACACAGGUUGUGGCUGGCCGAAACUACCGGCUCAAGUUCAAGACAGCUGAGUCUACUUGCAGAGUAACAGAGUCCUACAGCCGGGAGACCUGCCUUCCAAAGUCCCGAGAGGUGGUGAAAGAUGUUUGCACAGCAGUCAUCUACGACGUGCCUUGGCUGAGCCAGCGUUCCGUGACGUCAUUCACCUGUGAGAGCACUGUCACUUCCAAGUAAAAAAAAAAGCUCAAGCUGACCGGACCAACCUUGGGCCGUCCGGCAAGCCGAAGAUGCCGCCCGGGUCCAACGGCUUCGAGCCGUCACCUGACGCCAUCAUCAUCGACGGAGAGUGGGACGGGACAGGGGUUAAUCCCCUCUUCCCCCCGCCCGGACUUUUAAUAAAGUUUAUUCAUUCAAUGUGCUGGGGACGCUCAACGUUGGAGCACUAGAACAAUUUGUUUGAUAUUAUUUUGUAUGUUUUAAAUUCAACGCAAAAUAAAGUUGAUUUCAUGCUCA